GAGCCUUGUAUACAGCCAGGGUCACAUGACGCGAUUAGCCCCGCAGCGGCGUGAGCUCAGCUUUCUCUAGCUUUUUUUCACAUGUUAGCCCGUUCAUGAUUGUACGAUUUAUUGUAUUCUGCGUUGUAAAAGUAGACGCACUUCAAAACACUGUAUUUUGUUGAAGAGUAAUAUUUAAGCUACAGCUUAAGACGUCGCGCUUUUAAGGUUGGUUAUACAUUCCUCUGUGCUCGCUAGCUAAGGUUAGCACGUUAGCUAACAUUUACUCAACAUGAAUAUUGAUAACGUUAAUCAGUGUGUGACAACCGGAGUAUCCUCUACCACAUCUGCGACUGCAAGUAAUUGUAUCGCAAAUGAUAAUACAACAACCAUCGUCAGUAGCAUCCCUUCGGUCACGAGCAAUGCACUUUCUUCAGCAGCGAUGGUGACACCAUCAUCUGACACAUCUGUCUCUAACGGCGUCUAUGUUCCUGGUGGUAUCACUAAUGGAGAUGUCAAGCCUGCUGUGACCACUCCCCUGGCAGAUUUCCUCAUGCAGCUGGAAGAGUAUACUCCCACAAUUCCUGAUGCAGUUACUGGGUACUACCUCAACCGGGCUGGCUUUGAGGCUUCUGAUCCAAGAAUAAUCCGUCUGAUCUCCCUUGCUUCCCAGAAGUUUAUCUCAGACAUAGCUAAUGAUGCACUGCAGUACUGUAAAAUGAAGGGCACUGCGUCAGGAAGCUCCAGGAGUAAGACAAAGGAUAAGAAGUACACUCUGACUAUGGAAGACCUGGCUCCUGCCCUCACAGAAUAUGGUGUCAACGUCAAGAAACCAUAUUACUUUACAUAGAACUGUAUUUCUUUCUUUUUCUUUCUUUUUGCUUUUGCUAGAAUUAUCAUACUGCUGACCUGCUAGUCUGUGGACACCUAUACUGCUUGAUUUUUUUAUCAUGAGGCUUUAGUACACGUUUGACAAAUCUUUGUAGUGAAUAGGCCAUUUGUUAUUUUUUGUGGUGUCAUCUUUGCAUUGUGUUAAAUUGUAAAGUUAAGUUUUAUUGUGAAAAUAAACCCUUACAAAAAACAAA